UUUUGUUGGAUCAAAUAUUUUGACAUAGGUUUAUCUUCAAUGACGAGGCUAAGAUGACUUUGAACUAUGAAAACCAGCCUGUUGCUUCAUUUAGAAAGGACAGACUCUACAGAUUCAUUUUUGUGGGCUUUGGACUCCUAUGUAUCCUACAGGCUACUUGCAACAUCUCUCUACGUCUUGCUCUCUGUAGUUCUGAUGAGAGGAUACCAGAUUUUGAGGCCAUAAUCAAAAAUCUGACUAAAGAAGGAGAUGAUUUGAAGAAGAAGCUGAAUAUCUUUGAUAGUUACUCCAGACAAGGAUGGGUUUAUUUCCACCACAGUUUCUAUUACAUUUCUUCACUGAAAAAGUCCUGGCAAGACAGCAGAGACGACUGCCUGCAAAGAGGCGCAGACCUGAUAAUCAUCAACAACAAGGAAGAACAGGACUUUGCGCGAAAAUUCAAACAGCUCACAUGGAUUGGAAUGAGUGACACAGAGACAGAGGGUGUAUGGAGAUGGGUGGACGGGACUGAACUGAUCACAAGCUACUGGAAAUCUGGGGAGCCAAACAACUAUAAAGGCUAUGAUGAAGACUGUGGAGAAAUAAAGCACUUUGAUUCGGAAUACGGCUGGAAUGAUUUGCCAUGUACAAAGGAAAACUUUUGGAUCUGUGAGAAGGAGGUGCCUAUUUAACUCAGCACUCAAAGCUGUCUCAGGCUGGUGGUCGAUAAGCUGCAGGGGAAGUUGCUCAACAUCAUGCAUAGACACAAACUUUGUGUGGGUGUGAAUAAUAAAAAAUAGUGAUGGCUGAAUUCCAUUUAGCUGCUUUAGUUUCAGGCUCCUGGUAUUGUGCAUGCUGGCUCACUGUAACAAUAACUGCAUUUACACUGCCUGCUUAAGAUUAAAAAUUUCAUGCUGUUAUGCCUAUGCGCCGUUUUGUAUAUAACGUCUGAUCAUACAGGUGGGAGAGUGGUCUGGCCUCUGAGCCAGGACAGGAGGUAGUAUCAGCGCUGUAAUGAGGUCUGUCUAAAACAUAAACUAUGGGAAAUUCAAAAAAUUAAUUCCAAGAAAAAGAACAGAAGCUGUAAAUGUCUGUCUACAGGGAAAACAAAAAGUUCAAGCAGCUCCUUACCUUCCGGGCAGAGGACGAGAUCAGCAAAUGAUUGCGAUUGACAUGUAAUGCCUUUGUUAUUGUUAAGAAAGUGCUGCCGACGCUAUGUUAUAUAUCAUGCUAGAAGCAGACACUCGUGUUAAACGUCACACUCGUCAUGCCUUUUUUGAUAGCAGGAUGCCAUGAUAAUCACACAGUGGAACAAAAUGAUCAUUUGGUUUUUUGUGUAAAAAUGCAGCGGUGGUAUAAAGGGAGGACUUUUCUGCAGCCCUACAGUAUGAUCUCUGUGUAAAGCAGUGAAUGUCAUGAUUUUAGGACAAUUGAGUAGA